AUUUGAAAUUGCUUCUUGAUUCCUAACCAUUAACGAAGAGGAAAGAUGGAUUAGCCGACGAAAGCUAGCUCCUUAGAACUAACGAGCUCAAGACGUUUACUCACCACGGGCUUCUUCCGAAUCUCCCUUAGACAUUUGCGAUAGAGGGACAAAACCUCUCUCUGAAGGCCGGAUAACCGCGCCAUUGCUAUCUUUUGCUUGAAGGAAAGACAAUCCAAGGUUCCUGCGUCAUUGGGUGGGAAAUUCCCGGAGGAUGUGUCGGGGUUGAGCGUGCCUGGUUGGCGCUUUCCCGGCCGAGUUGCCGAUGGGGCCCAGAGCUCGAUACAGUUCCCCAACCUCGUCUUACAAGUAAACAAUUCCCCUUCUUGAUGCACCCCGCGGGUUUUUAUAUAUAAUUGAACCAAGCCGUUGCCGCAAUAUUAUCGGUUGAAAGUCCCCCGGCGGAAAAGCUCCGAUAUAGCAAAAAUGCCUGCUUUCUCUCGUCUUAUCCGUUUCCUGGCCAAGGAUGGCCACAUUUACUACGGAGAUGCCACUCUCCCAACUGGGGUCAGCGACAUUGCCAAAGCUACCAAGGCAAGGGUAAUCAAGGGCGAUAUUUUCGGCCAGCAUCACAUCACAGACCAAAUCGCCGACGUGAAGAUGCUCCUUGCGCCCCUGGCAAGGAAAGAUAUCGGAACCGUGCGCUGUCUCGGCCUGAACUACGCGCAACACGCCAAGGAAACUAACCUUCCUAUCCCCAAGUACCCUGUGCUUUUCUACAAGCCUAUUACGGCGAUCGCGGGUCCCACAGAUGAUAUUCCGGUUUCUGCGAUGGCGCAGGAAGGCGAGGGUCUGGAUUAUGAAUGCGAACUAGUCAUUGUGAUUGGUAAGGAGGCGAAGAAUGUCUCCGAAAGCAGUGCGUUGGAUUAUGUCCUUGGAUACGCUGUGGGCAAUGAUGUCUCUCAUCGGGACUGGCAGUUAAAGCGUGGUGGCGGACAGUGGAAUUUGGGCAAGGGCUUUGAUGGCUGGGCGCCCUUUGGGCCUGGUAUUGUGUCUUCGGCGCUGAUUCGGGAUCCUAACGCGUUGAGCAUCUCAACGAAGUUGAAUGGUCGCGAGGUCCAAGCCUCCUCGACACAGGAUAUGAUCUUCAAUGUUGCUCAGACCGUGUCCUUCCUGUCCCAGGGAACAACCUUGUUGCCGGGUGAUUUGAUUUUCACGGGAACACCCCAAGGAGUGGGCAUGGGCAGAAAGCCUGCUCUUUGGCUUAAAGAUGGCGAUACCGUUGAGGUGGCCCUUGAAGGAGUGGGUACUUGCGUGAACAAAGUUGUCUUUGAUAAGCCUUCCGCGAAGCUCUAGCGGUGUGAAAUUGAAUAAACCACGAGUUGCACAGGUAGCAUCUCGGUUUGACAUAAUUCCAAAACCUACGAACCUCGUAAAAAUUGUCUCGAGAGGGGCCCAAUCGUUAAGAAAUCUGCGAACUGUGUUCUAU